AUGUGGGGAGGUAUAGAUUUUUUUGUUUCUGUAGAUGUGCUCCUCACGUUUGAACGUGUUGAUACCAGCUUGCUCGAGGAUCGGGCUGGGAAGCCUCAGCAGCGGUCAUUUCGUCAAGACGGCAGGGUCGUUGUGACGACCUCCUAUCCUAAUGCCUCUUUUUUCCUUCAAACAUUGAAGGCCACUGGUAACCGCGUCUACGUUGUGAGUGAGUGGGCCACCGAGAAAACGCUGGAGUUGAUUCGUCUUUUUGGAUGGCAGGAUGUUGUGAGUGAUGUGCGUCGUUUGGCGCCAUUUCCAGGCGCAAGUCGCAGUAAUAGUGGGAAACACUACACUUUAGUUAACGUGGGCUGUGAGCCGAUGCGUUACUCGAGUUCAGUUUUGAUAGUCCGAGACUUGUCGAGAUGGGAUCCCAUUCUAUCUUCGCAGCUUGUGUUAGUAAACCACGACAAGGAGGUCCUCUCUUUACCGAGCGAGGGCCCUCUUCCCUCCGUAGUUUUUUCAAUGGAACUUCUCUAUGCCCUUUGCAGAUGCAUCACUCUGGCGGAGUGGUGUGUCCGGUAUCCGGGGACAUCCAUAGCGUCCUGCACCGCGUUAUCCACUUCAACGUUACUUUCCUUCUGUCGUUUCUACAUCCCACCAGAGCACAUGCAGUGCGAGUUAGUUUUGCAGUUGGGUGCGCAUGGCGCCACCUUGGUGAGUGACGGCGCGAGUGCCACGCAUAUCAUAACCGAUCUAGGCGAGCCGCUGCCGUUAAACAGCCUGGGAUCGUCGUCAUCGUCGUCCGGAGCUUCCGCCGCUACGUCGUCAUCCGUUUCAACGUCUUCAGACUCAAGCGCGUCGUUUUCGUCGUCGUCGUCCGACUCUGAUGACUCUAGUGAGGAGUUUUCUCCCACGAACGACACGGUGGACGCCCCAUCUGCUGAGGAAGGGUCUGUAAAGAAAGGGGAAAACUCCCCCGUAUCCGCUCCGGACGACGUGAAGGUGGCGGCGAAAGGCGCCGGUCAGGAGAGCUCCCGCGAGGGGGGCGAGAUGUCACCAUCUUCGCCUUUGCGGGGCUCGGCGUCGCCACUUUCCCCCGUUCACUCCAACUGUGAGAACGUUACGAAGGCGUGGGUGCGAGAUUGCUGCAGUGCGCUGCGUCUUUUGCCGCUGCCGACAGACGCAGCCGCCAGUAAUGCCAUGGCGACAGUCGACCUGGCGUCUUCCAUGAAGACUGCAGGGAUGCUUCUCGCGAUUCUCCUUCCACCCGAGGACGCCAAGCCACUACCACUGGAACACUUCAUAAAUAUUGCGAAAACCUAUCAUUUCGCGACGGACUUUCUGCUUGGGGAGUCCCUAGUAGAGACUCAAGAUAAGCUCCUGACGCUGUUUAAAGGCGUGGUGCGUGUGAAGCUUACCGUUACGGAGGAACGCAAGCCACCAAGGCUGCUCGGCGGCUCCAGGGUAGAGGUGACGAAGAAGCAGGCUCUGGUGAUGUGUCGAUAUGAGCGGAAAAGAGACCGUGAGGCCGUCUCGACCCAUCUUCGCUUGCUCGCCCUUCAGUUCAACUACUCCAUCGAAAACCUCCAGCGGGAAAGACGCCUCGCCUCCAGUGCGGAGGCCGGCACGCAAACCGCCGCGCCGCGUUUUGUCCACGCUGGCGUCGCCACCGACCCUGCUGUCAUGGUGAGUGCGGGGUCUAGCGUCGCCACAUCCAAGGAUAUUAUAGGGAAAGACACGAAAGCCAAGCGAGACCUCGAGAAAGAUCUGGGAAUCGGGCACGAGAAUAACCAGGAGGCCCAGCGAGCCUCUGAAAGUGUAGAUGCCGAGGAAUGGAGACAUCAUCUCAAGAAUGCGGAGGGUAAACUUCUUAAAUCGAAAGAAGCCACAGAGGAUGUGGAUGAUCAAAAAAAUCACCGAGAUGAGAGCACCAAGGAGUCGGAUCAAGCUAACUUUAGUGUGGGUGAGGGGUCGUCCGUGCCGCUCGCCCAGCUGCCCGGUGCCUCGGCGGCGAUCCAGUCCCUGACAACACCGGACUUUCCUGCCUUUCCGUUCUCUGCCAUAAAUCCACAUGCGGCGGGUGGGAGCACUAUCUUUACCAACCCUCCCCUCUAUUCUUCGGGUAAAAGCUUUAAUUCUCACGCUGCCUCGUCUCCGUCUGGGGGGUCCAUCUUCGCGGCACCACCACCAACCUUAGGAUCGACGACCUACGCCUCUUCCGAGCUACCACAGAGUCGCCUCACAACGACGACCACCACUGGUGGUUUCUCUACCACGCCAUCACUGCGUGGUUCGAUCUUCCCAAUGCCUGAAAACUUUCCCGCGAGGUGGCCAACUCAGGUUAGCACGACGACUGCUUCGCCCCUUGCCGCACUCGAUCCUUCAACGAUGAUUUCAGCCUUGGAUCCCGCGAUGACGCAUGGGCAUACGGCACCCCCAAAAAACACCCCCUCCAGUGGAAUGACCGCAAUCGGUGAGGCAGUGUCGCCACCGGGUGGCUCACGUAAGUUAGUGUUCACCAGCUGCAUUAUUCCGACCAACAACCUUACUUUUGCGCAGCAGAUUGAUCUAUUGAAAUUUCUCGAGUCCAUGCCCCUCUUCUCCACAGACGAUAAAACCUAUGUGAAACUUCGCUCGGCCGGCAUUUUUUGCACGUUCCCAAGCGCCAAGGAAGCCGAAAAUUUCUAUCGGCUUCAGUACAUCCUUCAUGAGGGCGUCCGCCACCAGAUUUUUCCCGUCAAGGACGUGCCGCCAGGGUUGAGCCCGCCGCCUUGGAAGUCACACACGGAGUUGCCAUCGACUUCGGAGAACAACAAUUCAAAUGUGGAAUCUAAGGGUGGUGUUGGUAAGGAAUUAGCACCCAACGAGCAGUCAGGUCAUUUACAGCUCCGCGAAGUGAGUCCUGGGCACCACUCCCAUGCGCAUUAUGAUGAGUCCUUCGGGAACGACAGGAGAGAGGGCCGUGCUGGAAGAGAUAGAAUACAUGGUAUGAAUAGCAAAGAUACUAAGACAGAUCGAGAGAACUCCUCAUCAUCCCGCCAUCGAGAUAAGAAGAGAAAAGACGAUGAACGGGAUCAUCGAAGCAGUCAUAGGCAUAGUCGACGACACGAUCGCCAUCGCUAUGAUGAGUGGUCUCCGCCCCAGGGUCCCCGUGCGGAUCAUAUCUCUCAUCGCUCCAACGUUGAGAGUGGUAAUGCCCAUAGCGACAACAAAAAUGAUAAUCGGAAAGAUGAAAAUCCUGAGGCCAAGAUGUCGCACAAGGGGAUGCGGUCGAGUAGUUCUCAGAGGGGUUCGAGGCGCGAAAGCAGGUCAGACCGACACGAUGAAGAGACGCUAGAUGAUCAAAAGAAGAAGAGAAGACGCAUAGACCGUUAA